UGAAUUAAGUGUAUCCUCACCUACAUCCCAGUUGUAACAGUACGAGACGUACCAAUUCAGUACGUCAGUUGCUGUUGUGAAUGCUGCUAUUCUGUGAAUUGUAGUAAAAGUGUGUGUACGUAUACGUGUCGGUAUCCCCAUUUUACUCAGGGUACUCAGUUAUUUACUACCAAGAUGUCAGACGAUCAGGUACGCGUAAUGUUAUGGAUGGUUCCACGCAGUCUUGCAACGGCAGUUCUGAGGUCCAUGUCCAAUCUUGACAACGUCAAACUUAUCAACGAGCCAUUCGUCUGCGCGGCGUCUCUAGGCCCUGAUCGCGUGACAAGUUGGAAUGAUGAAGCCAUCAAAAUCCUCGACAAGACCCUGGAGUCUUUGGAUGAAGACGCUGGUGACCAUAAGCAGUACACUUUCAGUUGGGUGAAAGAAUCUCUGUUAGAAGCUCCUUAUACAGGAAAGGAUGUGGUAUUUUGUAAAGACACUUCGGCUUCUCUUGUAGGAAAACUUGAUUGUAUUCCAAAAGGCUAUCGUCACACCUUCAUCAUACGUCACCCAAACAAGGUUUACAAGUCAUGGAAGGAUGUUGUGACCAAAUUAGCAGCUGGUGAACAGGAAUCCCUAGGUCUAGACACCAUGUUGAAAAUGUCUGGCGCUGAGGGAUAUGGUUACGAGGAGCAUUAUAAAUUAUAUGAGCAUGUUAUAUCGAUGGGGAUUGAAACUGAUCCUGUUAUCAUUGACGCAGACGACCUACAAACCAACCCGGAAGGAACGCUUCGAAAGUACUGCGAGGCUGUCGGCAUCAAAUACUCUGACAAACUUUUGUCGUGGGCAGCCAAUCAAGAUGCGGCCGAGGAUUGGUCGAUGGCCAAACUUCAGCUAAAGGGUCACAAGUUGGUGGGUACAUACACAGCAGCGUUUGAGAGUGUAGGCUUCAAAAAAGCCGACAAGAUAGACCCACCAGCCCGCUCCGAGCUUUCAGAUGAUAUAUUGAAAUGCGUGGAUUAUGCAAUGCCUUUCUACGAGAAAAUGCUUGCCAAAAAAUUAUCUCCAUAGAUAACAGUAUCCAUUUUGUACGAAUUUCCUGCACUUAAUAAAUUAAGUGUUGCAUGUGUUAUGUAUCCAAAAUAAUACUAUCAUAUUAUGAAUAUUCAUGUUUGCCAUUAUGAAAGCAUUAUAUUGUUAAAAAUACGUUUGUAUCAAUAAAUAGUGAAACUGAAAUGCUAAUGAUUAAUAUACAAACAAAGAUCAUGCAUGACAUAUCGUUUUAAUGAGGCAUAGAAUAACCUAAGCUAGAAUAUAAAGUAAUUUCAUUUUUAUAAUUUAAAAUAUUAUAUAUCUAAAUGCUAUGUUUAAUUCUGGCUGGAUUUUUUUUCAUUAUCUAGCAGUUUUUCAUUAAUUAUAAAAAAAAAUCCAAAAUUGUAUAAAACUUAUCUUUGAAGAAUUGUUAUUAUUUUACUUUGUGUUAUUUUCAAUAUGUGCAAUAUUACAUUAUUUUGCUUUAAAUAAUUAUGGGUCUGAAUAGGCCUACAGUAAAAAAUAGUAGAAUCUAUCAAUUUUGAAGCGCGCCCGUUGUAAAUGGCUUGUCAAAAGGUUAUCUAUAUUGUACUUUGAAAAUAUAUAAUGCGAUUUCACGGCCGUAAGGAGAGCCUCGGGACGCAUUUGUGAUUUUCAAAUAGAUGGACUUUGAUAAUUGUGACUAAAAUGAUAUGCGUUUCCUGGUGCCAAAUAAGGUCAAAGGCAAUAUACUAAACCGUUAAAAGCAUGUUAUUGAAAUUUAAUUGUUCGGAGCUUCUUAAAUUAAAGGUAUCUAAUUAGCUGA